AUGAAUACUCCCGUACAGGACGCAAAAAUUGCCGAACCGACGCAAAAGCCGCAAUACAUUUACAAAAUCGUCCCCGAGGCGCCGCCCUCGCCGCUGCCAACUGAGUUCCCCCUCUCGGACCUCGAUCGUAACGACGGCUUUAUUCACUUGAGUACGGCGGAGCAGGUCCUCAACACAGCAAACCUCUUCUUCGCAACCACCACAACCCUACACCUCCUCAAACUCCCCUACGCACCCCUCGCCUCCUCAAUGAAAUGGGAGUUUCCCCCCUCCGGCACCUUCCCCUCCGCCUUCCCCCAUCUCCACGGACGAAACUUUGGCGCUGCCGACGUCGGGGACGUAAAGGGGUUCGAGAGGGCCGAGGGACAGCUGUGGAGUGAGGUUCUUGGUGGUGAUGCGUGGCUUGUUUAA